AUUCUUAUUUAAAAUCCGCAAUCACUUAGUUGCCAACCCAAUAAAAUCAACCAAAAGCAUGUUAAAGACUUCAACCUUUAAUUUAAAAAGAAAAUCAUCGUCUUACGACCAUUUGUUGCUGAGUAACCAUUGCUCAAAGUUGAGCAAUAUUCAGCGCAUAUUUUUUGAUGCUAUAAUUUUUUUGUGUAGUAUAGAUAUAAUGUACAUACGUGUAUAUGUAAUAAUUAUUUUUUUAAUAAUCGUGCAACAAUGUAUACAUGUAAUAAUAAUCUUACGUCCAAAAUUUAUAUCGAGCACCUAAAAAAACAUACGUUUAAAAUUCUCGGGUGUUUGAAGCUUUUGUUUGAAGCAAGAGGCUUAAGGUACGCCAGUCCUGCUCCCGAGUAAGGAGAGAACCUAUAAGAUAGUUUGUACUUAAUAUUUUAAUAUUACACGAAAUGUUAAUCGUCCAUAGGUCAUACAUACUCUAGGCGAGAUGUCACUGUCUCGUAUGUGUACACCGGCGGGGAGGUAUAUAUUUUUGUAGUGUAAGUUACGUAACUUUGCCGGCGCGGGCUUCGAUUCACGGCUUCGACUCGCGCCGCGCCGCGCGCGAUAACCGCGCUCGAGAAAUUCCGUAGAAUUAUCGGCGAUACACUCGCGCACGGGUCCGCCCGUUUCGAGGUGUGUUAGUCAGUGUAAAAGUCUAACGUGCACGGCCUCGGUAGAGGCAUAAUAAUAAUAAUCUUAACUCUUGCGCAUGUCUCGGUUACUCGCGGACCCGGUGAAUUAAGCAGCGCGCGUUAGUCAAUAUUUCAGCCGCGCGAGCCGGGCUCCUUCGUCGUCCUCUUUCGCUGCAGUUCAGGAACGAGUCUACAACUGCAACUAGUCCAGUCUCGGCCGACUCGCUUCAACCACUCUAGACGAUCUAUAAUCCCGCGACGGGACUCACUCCGGGGCUUCUACUCCUCGCGGAGAAACUUUCGAAGAAUCGAAACUGCGUUUAUAGGUGCGCGCGCGGCACGUAAAAUCUAAUAAGUCUCCGAGCGAGAAGCGACUUGACACUUGCAACACACGUUGCACGUGAAAGUACACGUAGGGGAAAUCCCGUCGCGAGCGAGUCACUCGGUUUUAUCUAGAGUGGCUUUUGCGAGCGAGACGGCAGAUACGAAGGCGAGGAGUUAGAUCGAGUAGCGACAGUGUGUGAUAGUGGUGGUAUAUACUGGUAGCAGUACGGAGAAUCCGUCCGAGAGAGAUAAUCCGACAUUCUAAAGUGACUGAAGAAAGUUUUCGGCAUUAGUGAGAGACGCACGUGCGGAGAGUCGCGUGGCAGGCGGAAAAUAUUAGACUGAGAUGAGAAAAGAAAAAACGUGCGUACGAUUAAGCGUAGAAUUUAUGUUAAGCAGUCGUAUCGAGGCGACGUAAGCCGUAACAGAGCCAGAGUCGUAUCUUCAGUACUUCAGUACAUUUCUAAGGUGUCGAGUCUUUCUCUCUCCUUGUCAUUGCCGUUCUAAUUCUCUGUAGAGGUUCCGCCGUCUCGAUUCCGAUCUCUAGUCUCGAAAUCCUCGAUCUCGAGCGUCGUAAGUAACUUUUAAGAUUUUACGAUAAAUGAUCGCAAUAGAGCAAAUCAAGAAUUGUACAUACGUACAUUCUGCAGGUACGUUUUGCAAAUAAAACAUGGAACUUAAACGACGACGUGUCUACGGAUUUUCCCGUCAAGAUUUGAGGUCGUAGGCUUCAAAUGGGCGAACGCAGGCAAUCGCGGAUGAGAAAGGGAGAAUUUCUUUUCAAAUUCAACUUCAAAGUCACUGUGGUCCUGUCGACGACAAGUUAUAUUUUUCGGCAAAUUGCGGGUGGACUUUGGCAAUAUUUUUCUUUGACGUUCGGCUGCGGAGAUGCACGACGCCGAAAACUGCAAUUGCUACUCCCGCGAUCGGAAGAUUGCAAGCGAUUUUCUCUUUUCCUCAAGACAAGACUUCUCUCUAUUCAAACUCGCCUCCAUGUUUCCAACGAGCCAAUAAGAGCCUCAGCCUCAGCCGCGACAGCCUCAGUCCCGGCUGACGUCGCGGCAGCGUUUUCAACGACAGCUGACUCUCCGCUGCCGAACGGAGCAGAGUCGAGGAGAACGCUUGUCGCAGGAGCGAUCCGUGAAAUAUGUAACGCUGACGGGCAGCUUAUCGAAUUCCGGAUGCUCGGUGUAAACGUGACUUAAGCCGCGGCUGAUAAGAUAUUUCUCGAGGGGAGAUCGAUCAACAAGUCAAGUCAGUGUCGGUCGUGGUUGAAAAUGGCGUGUCACGUGCGAAGGCUGCUUCUGAGAACGGGUGGUUUGUGUCGAAUCAAUUCGCCGAGAUGGAUCUCCGGCUCCGCGUCUCUUCAAGCCAAACCCAGCUUCAAAUGGGAGGACCCUUUCGACCUGGAGUCGCAGCUGACGCAGGACGAGAUCCUAAUUAGGGACCAGUUCCGUUCGUACUGCCAGGAGCGACUGUUGCCGCGCGUGAUCGAAGCGAAUCGCAAGGAGCACUUCGACAAGGAGGUCAUGCGGGAGAUGGGACAGCUCGGGGCUCUGGGCUGCACCAUAAAGGGUUAUGGCGCCGCCGGGGUGUCCUCGGUGGCUUACGGCCUGAUCGCCCGAGAGGUCGAGAGCGUCGACAGCGGGUAUCGAUCCGCGUACUCGGUGCAAUCCUCCCUCGUCGCGCAGGCGAUUUACACGUUCGGCAGUGACGCUCUGAAGGAACGAUUCUUGCCUAAGCUGAUCUCCGGCGAGAAGAUCGGUAGCUUCGGCUUGACGGAGCCUAAUCACGGUAGCGAUCCAGGAUCCUUGGAGACGAGGGCCGUUUACGACGCCGACAGGAAGGCUUACAAGCUGAACGGUAGUAAAACCUGGAUAACACACUCGCCCAUCGCCGAUGUGUUUGUCAUAUGGGCCAAGUGCGAGGACGGUCAGAUUCGCGGCUUCGUCUUCGACAGGGAGGACGCGAAGGAACGAUUGUCCACCCCGAAGAUCGAGGGCAAGUUCUCCAUACGAGCGUCCAGCACCGGGAUGAUCCUGAUGGACAACGUGGUCGUACCCGAGGAGAACAUGCUGAACGUUCAAGGACUCAAAGGACCCUUCACCUGCCUGAACAACGCCCGAUACGGCAUCGCAUGGGGCGCGUUGGGCGCGGCGGAGGCUUGCCUGAGGAUCGCGCGCUCGUACACUCUGGAGAGACGGCAGUUCCAGAGACCGUUGGCCGCGAAUCAGCUCGUGCAGAAGAAACUCGCGGACAUGAUGUGCGACAUCGCGCUCGGCCUCCAAGCCUGCCUGCGGGUCGGCAGGUUGAAGGACGAGGGCAGAGCCACGCCGGAAAUGAUCUCCAUGAUAAAGAGAAACUCGGCCGGCAAGGCGCUGGAGAUCGCGCGCGUCGCGAGGGACAUGCUGGGCGGAAAUGGGGUUUCGGACGAGUACCAUGUGAUCAGACACAUGGUGAACCUGGAGUCCGUCAACACCUACGAAGGCACACACGAUAUCCACGCGUUGGUACUCGGAAGGGCAAUCACCGGCAUUUCUGCGUUCGCUGGAUAAACAUUCUGAGAUUUUUUAAACAAUCUGCCUCAUUGUAUAUCUCUCUUGGAUAGUCAGCAUUUGUUUGAAAGAACCGACCGUCUUUUCGCAUCAACUGGAUCUUUCGCGGACAAUUGGGAUAAUUAAUAAAUCAUGUGAUGCGUGAUGAAGAAUA